UUGGAAUGAUUGCGUAACCGCUUGCAGCUGUAUUUAAACCUCCAAGUCAACGUCUCUCCUCCUCACUCUCCAGACCAGCAGGUCUUUAUUUCUUGACUCCUUUCUCACUCAGCUUUGCUGUAAAUAUGGCUACAGCUGGUAAGGUCAUCAGGUGCAAGGCAGCAGUGGCCUGGGAGCCCAACAAGCCUUUGGUGAUGGAGGAGAUUGAGGUGGCCCCGCCCCAGGCCAAAGAGGUCCGCAUCAAGAUUGUGGCAACCGGAGUGUGCCACACGGACCUCUAUCAUCUGUUCGAGGGUAUGCACAAAGAUGGCUUCCCAGCAGUCCUCGGCCAUGAGGGAGCUGGCAUCGUAGAGAGUGUUGGUCCUGGAGUCACUGAGUUUCAGCCAGGAGACAAGGUGAUUCCUCUAUUCAUCGCCCAGUGUGGAGAAUGUCGCUUCUGUAAGAGUCCCAAAACCAACCAGUGUGAGAAAGGAUGGGCUGCAGACCGCGUUGAUGUGAUGGCUUCAGCAGAGAGCAGGUUUACCUGUAAGGGGAGGAAGGUGCUGCAGUUUAUGGGAACCAGUACCUUCUCUGAGUACACUGUGCUGAAUCAGAAUGCUGUGGCUAAGAUUGACCCCGCUGCCCCUCUGGACAAAGUUUGUCUUCUUGGAUGUGGUGUAUGCACAGGAUAUGGAGCAGCAGUUAAUACUGCUAAGGUGGAACCAGGCUCCACAUGUGCUGUGUUCGGCCUUGGAGCUGUGGGUUUGGCUGCAGUCAUGGGCUGCAAGGCUGCAGGAGCCAGGAAAAUUUUUGCUAUUGACAUCAAUCCAGAGAAGUUUGAGAAGGCCAGGGUGUUCGGCGCAACCGACUUUGUGAACCCCAAGGAUUACAGUAAACCCAUCAAUGAAGUGCUGUGUGAGAUGACAAACGGAGGAGUGGACUACUCUCUGGAAUGUGUCGGCAAUGUGGGAGUCAUGCGCAAUGCCUUGGAGGCUUGUGUGAAAGGUUGGGGUGUCAGUGUGCUUGUUGGCUGGACAGACAUGUACGAUGUUGCUGUCCGACCCAUUCAGCUAAUUGGUGGACGCACAUGGAAGGGCUCCCUGUUUGGAGGAUUCAAGAGUAAGGAUGGUGUACCUCUGAUGGUGAAGGCCUACUUGGACAAGAAGGUGAAACUGGAUGAGUUUGUCACUCACAAAAUGACCUUGGCCCAUGUCAAUGAUGCCAUUGAACUGAUGAAGCAUGGCGAAUGCAUCCGGACGGUCCUGAGUGUUUCUCCACAAUAAGACCACUGUGUUGCUACCACAAAAAGCUGUGUUGUACUGAAACUCAACACAACUUUCAAGCACGAAAUGCAUUGCAAAUAGUAAAGAAAUCUUUGAAAUUGUACACAGUAUGAGUACCAGACCUGGAACACUACUCAAUGGAUAACAUGCAGACUGUGAGAAUAAGUGUGUUCACAUCAACAAAUAGGAUCUGUGGCUUCCCUUUUUGUGUUGUGGUGUCAAACUGUUCCAGGUCAGAUUAACUUUAAUGAAUUCAUUUUUAGCUUAGUUAGUUUGCUACACUUGGCAUGCAAAGUUGAAAUAACAAUUAAAGUCGAACUGUGAUCCAA